CAGAAAGGCUUUCAUCAAGUCAGUCGUCAGAAAGUUGUAUACAGCGCGCACAGAUUUAAUAUAUCAAACGCCAACGUAACGCACGUUCAUCCUCAGGGACUACUGAGAUGUUCAACUUGUCAAGUGAGGGUUACUUAAACACAUCUCCACUGCUUCCUCGCUCUGGUGCCACACAUGGUGCACACCAAACACGAUGAAGCUAUCCAUCAAACCACUGACGGUCUGAAAUCAACAGCAAACCACAUCCCUGGUGUUUCAAGCAAGGAGACACAAACAUCUUCAAGCUGCAAAACAAAUCUGCCAAACAGAAUAGCCAUUUCUGAGACCUAAGAUGCUGUCGAAACGUUUGUGACCUUCACAACAAAAUUUGCGCCUAAGUGCCGCCGUGUCAUUUGUAGCAGCUAAAUUGAAGGCGGCUGUAAUCUUCUCCCACACGUCUUUCUCAUCGCCGCACGUGCUGGAAGCCCCAGGCAGCCGGCUCUCUCAUUCCACCGUCUGUCUCCCUGCCCACAAGUAUUCCAUUAUAAACAAUGACCUGCCACACAGCAUCUGCUGUCUGAAAGAUGUUGAUUUCAUUGGUAAAGCUCUUUUGGGUGACGGUGUACUUCGUGCAAGCAAUGUGAAUGGAGCAAUCUUCGCCCGACAGUAACUCACAUCAAUGGGGUUCACUUUAUAUGCAAAGAGGAUAAAAUUAUCGUGACACAAAAUGGACCACAGACAUGGGCUUCUCAAUGGCUUGGCUGAAAAACUGGAGUACUGUGAAAACAGGCCUGCAUUUCUAAACCGGGACAACAGGUGGAUGAGUGUAUUGACAAUAAUAGAAUACAGCAGAGAGCAAAACCAAGCAUGGAGUCCCUGGACAUUGGGAUCUGUAAGGAAAAUCAAGAUCUUAAGCUUUAUUUUUGGGCUUAUAGUCACCGUCCUCAUCAUGGCUUCCUACAUCUUGACGAGGGACCAGAAAGGGCUCUUUCUAACACCAUCACCAUAUCACCUUACUGUUAUAUCUCACCCCGCACAACUGACCCUUAACCUGAACUUCACAACAGACUACACAGCAGUGAGAGAAAUAGUGAGAAGUAUUGUGGCCCGAGUGGAUUUUAGACGGAGAAGAGUCCCUGAGCUUAGAGAACUAAGAGAAAAAGAGACACAAAUAUUUUCUGCCAUUCCUCUCAAGUUCCUUCCCUAUCUCAAAAAUCCAUGCUGGUAUGAGGAAUUCCUUGAAAACAUCACAGCAGAUCCAUAUGGGAAAAACCUGUACGCUCUUUAUUCGAAGCGCUUUCAGGCCAUAUAUGAUCACCUGCGUAGAGCCUUUCCGGCUCACCUUCAUCAGUAUGCAGGUAGUCAUUACCGUCUGCGCUGCGUGCCUUUUUUUUACAUCAUCGGUCAGCCCAAAUGUGGCACCACGGACCUCUACGACCGGUUACGGCUGCAUCCCGAGGUCCAUUUCACCACUAUGAAGGAACCGCACUGGUGGACGAGAAAGAGGUUUGGUAUCAUCAGGCUGAGUAAUGGUUUCCAUAACCCCUACCCACUGAAAGACUAUCUGGAUCUGUUUGACCAAGCAGCCAAUCAGAUUCAGGAUCAGCUGAUGAACAUCUCUUCCAAAAGCCACAAAAAGGUUGACAUUAUAAUAGGUGAAGCAAGUGCAUCCACUAUGUGGGACAACAACGCUUGGAUUUAUUUCUACAACAACGGCACGGGGGUGGAACCUCCUUUUCUUGUACAAGACUUCAUUCAUGCUGUCCAACCAGAUGCCAGAUUUAUUGUGAUGCUCAGAGACCCGGUAGAGAGGCUUUACUCAGACUAUCUGUACUUUGGCAUGGCUAAUAAAUCUGUGGAGGAUUUUCACGAGCGAGUAUCAGAAUCGCUGCAGAUGUUUGAGGUCUGCUUGACUGAGAGAUCCAUCCGUUCCUGUAUUUACAACACUACCCUCAACAACGUAAUGCCCGUGAGGCUUCAGGUCGGGCUAUAUGUCAUAUAUCUGCUGGACUGGCUGAGUGUAUUCGGUAGGGAGCAAAUUCUCAUUCUACGAUUGGAAGAUCACGCUGCCAACCGGAAAAACACCAUGCGGAGAGUCUUUGACUUUCUACAGUUAGGACCUCUCACUCGCCAGAAGGAAGCAGACAUCACAAAGAGCCCCGCCUCCAACACCAGAAGACCAGCCAAUCGAAAUCUUGGCCCAAUGCUGCCCAUAACCAAGGAGAUUUUGCAAGACUUCUACAGGCCGUUUAACCAGCACCUGGCCCAGGUGCUAAGGGACCCUGCCUUUCUGUGGACGUAGCCCUGACAAUGAAGGAAUGAACAGACAAUAUGUACAAAUGUAUUAAACACAAAUGAAACUCUUGUUGGGUGUGCUGGUUUCACCUUUGGACAAAAUUUAAAUGACAGUAAAUUUAGACACAAGUACAUACAGAUACCACUUUUUCAGGUUUUUGUUAGGUGCUGGACACUUUCAUCACCGCACUUGCUGCUAGGGAUGCACGAUAUCAUCGGCACGCCGAUAUUAUCGGCAGAUAAUGGCUUAUAAAUUAAUUAUCGGCAUCGACCCGAUAAAGAAAGUAACGCCGAAAUGCCUCGCCGAUAGGAAGAUGUAAUUAAAUCAUGCUUGUAAAAGCAGCACAUUACAUUAACUGAGUGCGCAAAGAAAUCCAUCUCUGCGCCCGUCAGCUACGCACUGCCUAUUUAUUGAUUAACGUUUUUAACUAAAACACAAUGUAAAAAUAAAUUUGAAUCCUGCCCAUCGUCCAUCGGGAGUAGACUUUUAACUUGAGCUCAAGCGUGCAUAAUAUGCAACGCGCCGCCCUGUGACUUUCGUCUAUGCACACUGCCGUUUUGUAGUCUCCAUUUCAAAGCAAAUUAUUUAGUUUAUCAUAAUUUUAAAAUGUGAAAAGCAGGGCUCGACAUUAACGCUUGUGAAGUGAAUGUUUUGUAUGGGCAAGUGAGAGAUAACUUUACUUGCCCGACUGGACAAGUAACUUGAAAAAAAAUAACAACAGUGCGACAUAUAUGUAGAAUAAUAAGAAUAUGUGCAUUAGACAGAGCUGUGUGUUUGUGUGUAGUGCGUUUGUCGUGGUGGUGCUUGUUGUAUGUGACAAUAAUCAAUGGCGCAUCGCACUGAGUCCAUGUAACUACAUGCGGACGCGGAAUCCUGUUAUUUAAAUGUCAUCUGGCUGUUCUGCGUGUCUGAGUGAAUUACGUGCACAGUUUAACAUACAACACGAGUGAUGGUCGAGUAUUUUAUCUGCGUCUGCACUGUAUGAGGAUGUGAACACAUGAACUUCAUCUCCAGUCAGAGUUGCUCUGUGAGUUUAUUUUACGAGCGUUUUACUGUUUGAGUGAAGCUAUCUGCAAACAAGCGUCUUCCCGAAGACCCGUCAAAAUAAAAGUCCCAUUAAAUUUAAUACUUUUAAAAAUUGUAGUGCCAUUGUAGUGAAUUGAUAAACACUGUAUACUAUAGUAAAGUUCAAAAAAGUAUCUUAAGAAUUUUACUGCAGUUUACUAUAGUAUACUACAGUAAUUUAUGUGGACACAUAUACCACUAUUGUAUAGUUAAAAAGGAAAAAUACACAACUGAGAAAUAUUCAAACAAAUUUAGGUAAUCUAAAAAUGAUACGGCCCUAAUUUAUUCAUCUGUAUGUAACAUUAAUGUCUUUUGUCAGUUACCUGUCUAUUCACGAUGAACUGUACUUGCAUAUUUUUUUUAAUGAUGACAACAGACGAUUUAUACUCCUACAGUUUGGCCUGUGCUACCAAACUUUAAACCUUUCUAGCACCAGUGCUAUGUGCAAAAAAGUUAACCUACAGCCUUAACACUAAUAAUAAUUACUGCUUGCCUUUGUUUUAUAGCAGUCACAGAGAGUGCCUAUAACCAAAUUCAGGCGGCCAAAGUGGACACGCAGCGGCCUGGUGCUUUUAGCUGCGUAAAAACGCCCGGUGGAUAGACAGCACAUAUCGGUAUCGGCUAUCGGCUUAAUUGAGGUGGAAAUUAUCGGCAUAUCGGCAAAAAUCCAAUAUCGUGCAUCACUACAGUUGCUGCUGUAAGAGUUUGUUCUAGAUGAUUGAUGAAAAAUCAAUAGACAAGUUAUUUCAUUCAUCUGUUUUAAAGACACUAGAAGCCAAGGUGUAUCAACAAACCAGAAACCUCACAUUUCUGAACAGAAACAAAAAGGUAGCAUUGUACAAAUACAAUUGCAAGUAACAAGAAAUAAAAAAAACAGUA